GCGCUCGGCCUAGACUCACCGUGUGUCACUCAUUCAGUCAGUCGGGGGCGACUUGGAUAGGCCUAAGAGAGACCCCCUCGCGGUUUGCUUAGGAUACCCAGAAGUCUGCAACGCACCUUCCUUUUUUGAGACCGAAACACCCUCAACCCCAAACAACAACUAGCAACAAUGGCUCUCGCUGCCCAGAAGAACCGUGAGAUGUUCGCCAUCAAGAAGUCUUACAGCAUCGAGAACGGCUACCCAGCCCGGAGGCGGUCUCUUGUCGACGACGCCCGUUUCGAGACUUUGGUCGUCAAGCAGACCAAGCAAUCCGUUCUGGAAGAAGCCCGCCAACGUUCCAAUGAUGGAGAGUGCAACCCCGACAAUGUACUGGAUUUCCAUCAAGAUGACAGUUCUCCUUACACUGAGGAGUUCUACACGGACAGCGAUCCUGAGGCUGAUGAGUCCAAGAAAGAAAUUAACUUGGAGCUGGAGCCUCAGGCCGCUGAAAAUGACGCGGAGGACGAAGUACAAGACCAGUUCAUGACAGAGGAGGAAGCCCUCCUGAGCCAGGACAUCGAGCAGCGCGGCAACGAACAGCAGAUCGCCACCCUGCUGGUGCGUUUCAAGGACGGCAUCGGCGGACUGGCCCGCGUGCUCAAGACCAUCGAAAACUACAGCGGCGUGGUCAACCACGUCGAGUCGCGUCCCUCCAAGGACGAGGGCGUCCAGUUCGAUGUGCUUGUCCGCGUCGACAUGACCCGCCAGAAUCUGCUGCUGCUUCUCCGCUCGCUGCGCCAGAGCUCUAGCCUGGCCGGCGUCACGCUGCUCCAGGAGGAGACUAACUCCGUCAGCGUCAAAGAUCCCUGGUUCCCCCGCCACGCGAGUGAACUGGACAACUGCAACCACCUGAUGACCAAAUAUGAGCCCGAGUUGGACAUGAACCACCCUGGUUUCUCCGACAAGGAGUACCGCGCCCGCCGCAAAAUGAUCGCCGAGAUCGCUUUCGCUUACAAAUAUGGCCAGCCCAUUCCCCACAUCGAAUACGUGCAGACUGAAGUGGACACCUGGAACGCCGUGUUCGGACAGGUGUGCGAACUGGCGCCCAAGCACGCUUGCCGAGAGUACAACAUCGUCUUUGAGAAUCUGCAGAAGGAGGGAAUUUUCCGCGUGGGCGCCGUUCCUCAGCUGCAGGAGAUGAACGAUUUCCUCAGAAAACACACUGGAUUCACUCUGCGCCCUGCCGCUGGUCUCCUCACCUCUCGCGAUUUCCUCGCCUCCCUGGCCUUCAGGGUGUUCCAGAGCACCCAGUAUGUGCGCCACCGCACCUCUCCCUACCACACCCCCGAACCUGACUGCAUCCACGAGCUGCUGGGACACAUGCCGCUGCUCGCCGACCCCAGCUUCGCCCAGUUCAGCCAGGAAAUCGGUCUCGCCUCUCUCGGCGCUUCCGACACCGAAAUUGAGAAGCUCUCGACGGUGUACUGGUUCACUGUUGAAUUUGGACUUUGCAAGGAAAACAACACGGUUAAGGCCUACGGCGCCGGUCUCCUCUCUGCCUACGGUGAGCUUUUGCACGCCAUCAGCGACAAGCCCGAGCACAGACCCUUCGAGCCCGCACUCACCGCUGUCCAGCCCUAUCAGGAUCAGGAGUACCAACCCAUCUACUACGUCGCCGACAGCUUCGAAGAUGCCAAGGAGAAGUUCAGGCGCUGGGUGAGCGACAUGUCCCGACCCUUCGAGGUCAGGUUCAACCCCCACACCGAGCGCGUCGAGGUUUUGGACUCUGUCGACAGACUGGACGCCCUCGUGUCCCAGAUGAACCUCGAAAUGCUGCACCUGACCAACGCCAUCAAGAAGCUGAAGGCCCGCUAACCAAAUCACCCGCACCUCCCACGCCAUCAGAACAUCUCCACCACCCCCCACUUUCACUCUCUAAUUUAAUUCACUCGUCGUGUCGUCCUCCUUGUUAUUUUAUAAUAAUAUAUUAUAUAAUUAUGAAUGUGUAUUAUUUUAUGUAGGACUUAUAAGUGCAAAUUUUGACAAUUAUUUUUUUGCUGUGUUUAUUCGCUCUCGCUGAUGACAAACGGGGCCACUUCCCAUGGCGGAAGUAGCGCCUUCUGAAUUUUGUAAAACGUGUUGACUUACGAGACCAGCCCCGAUAUCGGGUGCAUGAAUGUUUAAUUUUGAUCUUGGCUUUUGUUGCCUUACACGAUUGUUUGAACUGCACUUCAAAUGACCACUGUGUAGAAACUGUCCAAAAUAGCGAGUAGCCUCCUCAAGUGAAAUAAAACUAUAAGCAUGGAACAGCAAAAA